AUGAAUGACCCCAGGGACCAACAGAUUGACUCUGAUGAUGUGCUAACAGAAGAUUCAUCAGAUGAAUUGAAAGACUUGGUGAAGGAGUUUGAGUUGAAAUAUGCAGAAAUAAAAAAGAGCAAAGCCUUGAAAAAACGUCGUUCACAGUCACCACUGGAAGACAUGCCGAAUAAAAAGAAAUUGCAUCAGCCGGAGAUCCCAAGAACCCCAGAAAAGGUUAAAGUUCACUUGGAUAAGGUAGCAGAAGAACCGAAGCAAAGGCUAUUUACCGGGAAGGAUCAUCGAGAUUCCAAGGUAAAAGAAUCAAGUUUUUUAAACAAGCUCUACGAGACAAGUAAUAAAGUCAGUGAAGAAGAUGAUCAUAAAAUAGAUUUUAGUAAGAGGAAGUUUGAGUUUCAAUUGGAAAAGUAUACUUAUACGCCGAAGGACGUCGUUGAUGACCUAGAACCGAUAUCCAAACUUUAUUUGCGCAGAAGAUACCUUGCCCAACCGCAAAUUGCUAAAAUCAUUGCCGAAACUGAUAGCAACAUGAAGUUCCUUAAAAUUGACAAGUUUUUGGCCAAAACUCAUAAAUCAAACAACUAUGCUGAACCCAAGUAUUGUAAUUGGUGUCUUGUUGCCUUUGUAUUGCGCAAAGAGCCAAUACAGAUUGCUGCCAACAACUCCAAAUACAUCAAGUUGAAGGUUGGAAAUUUUAUGAAUUCUGUAGACUUGAUGCUUUUCGAUAAUGCAUUCCAGAAAAACGGGAAGGUCCAACCGGGUGAUUUAUUGUUCAUAUUAAAUCCAUUGAUUAACAAGUAUGAAAUACAAGUUGGCAAGUCCCAGUUUCAGUCUGGGUUCAAUUUGAAAGUAGACAACUCCAAUGUGUCGAGUAUUUUAGAGAUAGGGUCGUUGAGAGAUUUUGGGUUUUGCAAGUUCACGAGAAAGCUAGACAACACCAGAUGCAAAAGAGCCAUCAACACAAGGACACAAGAAUUUUGCGAUAUCCAUUUGGAUAUGAAAUUUAGGUCUAGUACCAGAAUGGAAUUGAAUGGAAGUGUCUCGAUUAGAUCCCCACAAAAAGAUAAGAAAAAAAUGUACAUGACUAAAAGCGGUUCGGGCUUUAUCAAGCAAUAUAACGAAGAGAGUACUGUUAUAGGGACAAGCUACGGUUCGCCUCUUGAUCCAAAAAGGUAUCAGGAUCCGAAAGUACUACAAACUCAAAUCAAACGGCGGAAACUAAUAGACGAUAAGGCAAAUGAGAUGCUUGAACAAAAGCUAUCGAAAUUAGGUUCGGCUUCAUUGUUAAACAAUUUACAAUUAUCCAAAAAAAGGGAAGCAACUGACAAAUUUGCGAGUGAUCAUCUGAAGAGCAAGGGGUUCACGAACACAAUGCUUUCACAUAUCGGGUUUGACCCAACGGGUGCGUCUUUGAACCAAAACAGUACCCCGUUCGGCAGCAAGCUGAGUGAAAAAUCACGAGCACGGGAGUUGCAUGAUUUGAGUGUUAAAACAUCUAGUCAUAAGUCAUUAUCUACGUCUAAACAGGAUCGCCAGUCGAAAGUUGCAAAAUGGAAUACAAAUAUCAGAACUUUACAAAAUUACGAUCAACGUGUUGCAAAUCACUCUUUGAGUACGUCCCGUCCGUUGCAGAAUCUUGCGGGAAAGCAAAAAACUGUUGGUCUAGUAGAUAAAAGGAAAAGGGUGGUUGUUUCAGAUGAUGAUGAGCAACAAGAAAUGGACGAAGAUGAAGAAGAAAUUGAAAUCCAAUUCAAUGACGAAAAGUCUAAGAUGUCCUAUAUGAAAAUGACUGGAUAUAGAUAA